AUGUGGGGAUGGCGUCUUUCACUAACGACACUGGCGAAACGUCCUGCUAUUUACCAUUGGUCUGCUGCUGGAAAUGACCAUGAUAGAGGGAUCAGCACGUUGAUUUCUGAUUAUACUGGUGACGUUACUGGCUCCCUAGCCGUCUACAGCCAUUUCCCUGAAGAUGCAAGCUGGCAGCUUCUUCCUCAGCCUCUCAACUUAUCUCAAUUCGAGAAUUUGCCCUUGACUAAGUCCCAAUUCUUCAAAUGUGCCAUGGACUUUCUUGACCAGCAUCACGGAGUUGUGCACACACUCGAUGGUCAUCUCCGCAUGGCUUUGGGCUUCUGGCGCCCUGGUUGCUUCACAUACAAAUUACAGUAUCUGGCUCCAAGCUACAAGCACCCCAGGCCCGAAGAACUGCGCGCAAACCCCAAGGCCUCUGCAACUGAUUUAAUUGAUAAAGCACCUCCGGGCAAUCCAAUUGACCUGAAAUGCUAUACCCUGCAAGAAACAACACGGGACAGACUGAACUUUUUUUUCCGUCUUCCUGCCAGGGGAGUCUAUUAUCUCACCAUCUAUGCCCAGGUCAGUAAUUUAUUUAUUUUGUUUCUUUUAUAA